GCUCAGAUAUUUUGAACGCAGACUGACACGCGGCUCUGGUAUGUGUGGAAAGACGGGGAGCGCGGUCUGCUUCUCAACUUGGGGUGGAUGAGCGGUGAUGCUAAGCUAACGCUAGCUGAUGAUUUUAAUGGACUCGGGGGCCUUGCCGGUGACUCUUAUUCGCGAGGACCUGAAAGUGAAGAGGGCUCGAAUGAAAACAGUCUCGCACCAGCUGCUGCCAAUCCCGAACAGUACAUUAAACACCCUUUGCAAAACAGAUGGGCGCUCUGGUAUUUUAAAAAUGAUAAGAGCAAAAGCUGGACAGAAAACCUAAGACUGAUCUCCAAAUUCGACACAGUGGAAGAUUUCUGGGCGUUAUAUAACCACAUACAGCAACCCAGUAAACUUGGAUUUGGCUGUGAUUACUGCUUAUUUAAGGAUGGCAUCAAGCCCAUGUGGGAGGAUGACAGGAAUAAACUUGGAGGGAGGUGGUUAAUGACGCUUAGCAAACAGCAGCGACACAAUGACCUUGAUCGCUACUGGAUGGAGACACUGUUGUGUUUAGUUGGGGAGUCUUUUGAUGAAGCCAGUGAGGAUGUUUGUGGAGCAGUAGUUAAUGUUCGUCCAAAGGGGGAUAAAAUAUCCAUCUGGACAGGCAACUGCCAAAACAAGGAAGCUAUUAUAACGAUAGGGCAACAAUACAAAGAGCGCUUGAACAUCCCCAUCAAAAAUAUUAUCGGCUACCAGUCCCAUGACGACACCUCUAGCAAAAGUGGCUCUACGACAAAGAACAUGUAUUCGGUUUGAAGAAGACUUUUCAAGUUGUAGGUUUAUAAAAUUACAAAUUUGCAUCACAUUAUUAUGUUUAAGUUGUCAACUGCUGUAGUGUCCUUUCUUUUUUAAAAAAACAAAACAAAACAAAAACAACGAAAAAUGUCCCACACGUGCAUUUGUAGUAUCCUAUAUGAAAUGAACCAAGAAAGUGUAAUGGUUUUUCACCCUUGAGAGAGACUGCAACAACAGAUGCUAUGCGAACCAUGCUAGAUGAUAUUUUAGAAUUCAGACAUUACGUAAUCUAAUUCAAGUGCCCUAGCUGAAAAGGUUUACGGCUUAGAUUAAAAAGACAUCGUUCUUUCCUUUAUUCUUUAUUUUCUCAUGUUUAUUGAUAUGAAAAGCGCGUAAAAAAAAAUGCAACUGCAAGGACAAAAGAGUAGACAGAUUAAUUCACAGAAAUUUUAUGAGCCGUAACUAUUUUAACAUGCUUUGUGGUUAGAGGUGUUUGGCAUGGGACAUGAUUGCAGAGGCGCCUGUGGAGAGAAUAUCAUAAAAGGUUUGUAACAAAUGAGCUUUGGUUGCUCUCCGGGUUUGAGAUUUGGAAGAGUGGCCGAUUAUUGUUCCAGCUAUGCUGGAAUUCUCGAGUGUUGCUUGAUGACCUACUUCUACUUUUUGUGUUAACCCUACAUCUAUUUAUAACGUAUGCAUUGCCAUUAAGAUACUUAGUGAGAGGAUGACUAAAAACCCAGUUUCUAUUUUCCAUUAGUAUUUUCCUUCCUUUGUUGUUGUUUUUUUUUUUUCCCCUCCUUUUUCUUUUUGAAGUUGUUGGUAAUGUGGACUACUGCUUAAUAUAGAACAUUUUUACAGUGAAUCAUAUAGUAAAUACAUAUACAGCUAUGCUUUUAGGUGUGCUUUUCACCUUUUCCUUAUACAAUCAGCAUUGUGAACAUCUUAUUUGCAUCACUUUGGGUGAAUUUAAAUGAAGACAAUACUCAUUGUGAAUUUAUUUUGCUCAUAAUGUAUCUCUGUAAUUCCAGGAUGUAUAUUACCUUCUUUCAAAGUAAAAGUGACAUGCUUUGCAUUAACAUAACUAUUCGUGCUUUUUCUUUACUUUCACAGUAUUAAGGAAACAUCGUAUUUAAAGCACUUCACAUCACAAAUAAAUGGUUUCUCAUAAAAAAAAAGACCUGUUCUUUAUCCCCCAAUUAAAGCUCAAACACCUUGGUCAUAUUUGUGAAAUUAGCCCUUGACAUCAAUGCAUGCCAUACAUAUUAUUCUCUGGUUACUUGACAUAAUUUACCUUGCAAUUUGUUUGUAUUCAACUGUAACUGUGUAAAUAGAAAUGGUAGAAGAAAAUAAAAAAGGAAAACACA